AUGAAUGAGGUUUUGAGAACAAAGAUCAACGAUAGCGAAAGGAUGUAUGCUGAACUCGGAGAUGUGCUAGCUGAUCUCGACGAUGCUUAUAAAGGUAAACGGAUAUUUGUCAGAUUUUUGCGACUGCCGUCAAUUUCUCAGCAUUAUUUGGAAUGGUAAAC